GUUGCCAGGAUACUGGGAGUGACUCCAGAGCUUAAAGGUCAAAUGGGCGUGUCCUCCGGUCUGGAGCUGGUGACGCUGCCGCACGGUCGUCAGCUGAGGCUGGACCUGAUGGAAAGGCACCACACCAUGGCAAUAGCUGUUGCUGUGGAUAUUCUCGGAUGUACGGGUAGCGUGGAGGAGCGGGCUUCCACUUUAAAUCGCCUCAUUCUGGUUGCUAUAGAGCUGAAGGACACGGUUGGGGACCUGUUUGCUUUCACAGCCCUGAUGAAAGCUCUGGACCUGCCUCAGAUCAGUCGUUUGGAGGAAACAUGGACGACUCUACGAAGGAAUUUCACACAGACCGCUAUCAGCUACGAGAAAACACUCAAGCCUUUCUACAAGAAUCUGUACGAAGGCACCGCCUCCUCUCCUCCGGUGGUCUGUGUGCCCCUCCUCCUGCCACUCCUCACGCUGAUGGAGCGUCCUUCAAUUGCACCUGACGGGGUGGAGCUCUGGGAGACCAGCGACCAGGGCUGUGACAUCAUGCUGCGCCACCUGGAGGCUGCACGCAACGUUGCACGCAAUGCGCACGGCUACACUGCCAAUGCACAGAAGAUCUUACAAGGGUUUCAGUGUGACGACGAUCUGCUCGAAGUGUUUAAGACAGACUUUCAGCUGCGACUGCUCUGGGGAAGUCGCGGAGCUACGGUCAACCAAUCAGAUCGCUACAACAAAUUCAACCUCAUCCUCACUGCGUUGUCACGGAAACUGGAGCCUCCAUCUACAACACCAACCAUAAUCUGACUUCUUCUACGCGAACACAGCACAACAGAAAAGACAGGAAGUGAUUAGUGAGCCAAUCAGGAUCAUCAGGAGGAUCACUGUUCUCUGAAGGCGCUCAGCAGCACAGCAGGCAGGAACGUUCACCUUCAGGUCAAUGUGCGCUGAUGGAAUGUGAACCAAAGCCGGGCUCAUUUCAUUCAUGAAAAGCUUCAGAACAUCUGUGAAAACAGAACUCCUUUUUUUCAGUCCAGAUGUUCACUGACCCGUCAGGUCAGCUUUAAUUAUGUAGCCCAAUAUUACACAUCCCAGGUUUGCCUGAUGGCUUUUUAGAGUGAAACAGCUUCUGAUUCCCUUUGUCUGAGAAAAGGAUUAAGGGGAAUAAAUACAAAUUUUAGGAAGGAGAAAGAAUGAAUUUACAGUACGGACAAUCACCAGAAAAAAACCUUUACAGCUAAGUAGUUUCAGUCAAAUAAAACACUGGAAAGCUCAAAAAAUAUUACCGCUGUCAUGACACACUAGACUGGAAAGUGAUGUCUGCACCCAAACACCUCAGACACAUCUCGCUUUUAACUUUUUUAAUCAGACUGAUGCAGUGGAAGCUAUUUCAGGAAGUGAUGUGAACACUGAUCCACUUUUAAUCACAUUGAUAAGUUAAUAUCACAUGGUUGUGUUUAACUUUGCAACAGUGGAUUUGAGACUAACUUGGGUAAACUGAUUCAUACUCAUUCAUGUUCAUUCAUUUUCAGUGGAACAGCUGUCCAUCGUUUCCAGCUGUUUUAGUCGGUCUAUAUCACUGUUUUGAAAAUCAGGGUGUAGAGGGGGUAACAAGAAAAGGGUGUGUGUACUGUCUGUACACAAAUCACUUGUGCGUCUAAUUAGAAUGACUGAUGAGCAGCAGCACGGUGGUGCGGGUGUCAUCUCACAGCAGCUGGGCCUUUGCGUGUGGAGUUUGCAUGAUCUCCCUGUGCUUGCAUGGGUUUCCUUGCACAGUCCCAAGACAUGCACUUCAGGUGAAAUGGUCUUUCUACACUGACUGUAGGUGUGGUUGUAUCUCUGUGUUCAGGGUUUAAAUGGCCUGGUAAAAAAAUAAAUAAAUAACGCCACAUUGACGUUCUCAUACUGUACAUUGCUCCAGCAGCUGUUUUUAGCCUUUGUCUGCAGUGCUCUCUUUAAGAUGACUAACGUGUGUGUGUGUGUGUGGUUAUUUCUGUCAUAUGAUGUUGCUCGAUGUCGUCAGCGUAUAUUAGCAGGUUGAAAAAUGUCACAACACCUGCGGCACCUGAACAAGUGAUAGAGAAAAAGGACGGACAAUUGCCAACAGUCUUAAAGUUUGUAUUUUUGUUCUGUUUUCUGUUAGCCUCAUUAGCUUUGCACUAUUAUGCUGGUAUGUUACAUAACAACAAAUAUAUAUAUAAUAAUCAGGGCACUUUAAAUCUAUGUGGCCAUUUGCUACAAACACCGCUCACCCAGCAAUAAAAGAGGUAAAUAUCUGAGAGCAGAAAGUCAUGAUCUGUGUGCCUGAGUAAUGUGUUUGUACAGACACACACGCAGAAAUAAUGGAAAUAUGUUAAUAAGCAAGACAUUAAAGCUGUACAUAUUUAAAGCAUGUUAAUAAUAGACUGUAAAUACUUUCUGUAGAUGACUGUUUAAGAAAAAAAAAACAUGCUGAUAAAUUUUAAUGUUUAUAUUAUUAUGAACUACUGUGGUAAGAUUAAAUGCCAUAAGCACGAUCUGGAGAAGUUGAGCGUGUUACCAUUGAAUGUGUGCACUGUCAUUGUUCUAAAAUCUUCCACAAAUUUCCACUGAAACAACUCCACUUCUUUUCAAUGCUGCUUAUUUUAUUAGAACAAUAUUCUGAGAGAAGAAAAAAAGCAUUUUGUUCACAAAGUGUCCAAAGACAUUCAAAGUAAAAAGAUGUGCACAACAAUACGAAAAGAGAAGUACUGCAAUUGGUUACAACAUGGUAGAAACACAGAUUUACAUGUUAACAUCCUGCUAAAGCACCUUGCACCUGCUGUUCUUGUAUUUCUUUCUGAUUUUAAAUAAAAAGUUUAAACAGCUGGAAAGUAUCUUUACAUGGUUGCUGGAUACAAAGUUUCCACAGGACAAAAACAGGAAUGUGGAGAACAUGUGGUUUUUGCUGGGUAGUGAACAGCACCACGCUCACAGUGUUAUUAAAAAACAAACCGUUUGUACAUAAAACUUACUGCAGAUUUAGUAUAGCGUCAAAGCUCAAUUGUUAUUUAGUACUUUUGCAUUAUAUUCAGAGUUACAGCACAGUGUCCAUUAGAAUACACAGUUUUAUGCAUAUAUUUGGAGUCUGGUGUGUUUUCUCACUUGCAAACUGCUGCAUCACUCAGCAGCUCUAUAGGGACGGCACGCUCCAAACGGGCCUUGAGCCAAACCAAAGUGUAGCAGUCACAUUUAAAGCAUCACAUCUAGUUAAGGGUUUGCAUGAAAUGCUUACCAUUCUAAAUGCUCUGCAACAUAAAUGUCAGCAAAAUUUUAAUCGUAUUCCUGUUGGAAGUUUAUCACACUCACAACAUGAUUUCGCUGUCUGACAAUAAUGGCCUGAAGGUUAUGGUGGGGUAAGUUUGAAUGCUGAAACAAUCAGUGGAACAUUCAAGCUUCUCAUAUGUGAAGCUAACUGGAAGUCAUAUCUUGCAGUUUGUUGCAACUCGUUCAUAAUUGUUACACUUGACUGUCCGGCGAUUAAAAACUAUUAGCUGUGGUCUUCACUGCUUUAAAGCAGAAACUGGAUGACCUGAUAUGACUGCAUUAACACUGGAACAAAAAGUCAUAUGUACACAUAAGAAAAAUCACUGAUGAAGCUUGGUGAUGUCUUUGCAAAUCAAAUCAAAUGUACACUGAACAAGUCCUGGAAGUAUCAGUUGUAGUCCUAGAUGAAGAGGGCGGGGCGAAAAGUUCAAGUAACAACAUCUACAGCAUUGUUCUGCACGGUUCACAGCUUCAUCAAAGAAACAUAGAUUACAACGAAAGCAUGGCCACCUGCUGUUUACACUUACGUCACGUGAGAUGAAUCGUUGGCGGCUUUUUACGUUAAGUAGUAGGUGUAUAAUUUUGUUAGUCUAACAGAAGAUCAAGUGGGCCAUUAAAAAAAAUAAACUAACUGGUGAAUGAAUUCAAAGACUACAAAAUCAUGCACAAAAAAAAAAGCCUCUUUGCUCAAAAUGAGAUACAAAAAGAGUAUAAAACAGUCAAGAGAAAUUACUCACGCUUAUUUGUUUGGUUUCUCACGUCUGCACAGGGGUCAUUCAGAUAGUUCACGUGUCUCUCACCUUCAUUCAUUCAUUCAUCUAGUCACUGUUUGUCAGAUUUAAAUGCUGUAGUACUUUCGGACAAAGUGCAUCGGUUCAAUUCAAAACAUGUCUCUCAUAAAAAUGGCCGAUAAACCUAAAAACAAUCACCACGGAAACACAUUCAACAUGACAGAUGUUAAUAUGUACAAAUCAUUCAAUGGUUAAAAACUAACAAAAACGCACAUGUGCACAAAUUAACAUGUUCACAUGUAUGGAAAGCCUAUUAAGCCGGGGGCCAGGGAGGGGACAAAAAACUCAUUGGUAUGUGUAAAUGUUUGGCCUUCCGUACACGAGUACAUGUCGCUGAUGCAUGCGUGCUUGUCAUCACAUUCACAUGUACAACCUAUUAAAUGGGAAACCUCUUCAGUCGCCCGAUAGAGGUCAGGUCAGCCCAGUUGGCCGAUGGGAGAUGUAGUCAGGCGGAAAAGCAGACGCAUCGUUUUAUGCUUGUGAGAAAAAUCCAUCCACAGGAAAACAAGGUGAAGUUUUAAGGCAGUCUUAAUAGCAAAGACACCGGAGCUCCUCCUCCUCUUUCUUAGUUUGGUGUUCAGGCACAGUCCGGAGCGAGCAGAGCUGUGGUUUGGUGAGGGAAGGCCGCCAUCUGCUGGUCAACUGGUGGAAUCGCAACCCAACGAGGAAAAGGAGAAGAAAGAAAAACGGAAAGAGGGGAGAGAGGGCUUGUAUUUCCCCGAUAGUCCUGCUAUCUGUCUAAUGAGCCGCACGGAGACAUUAAACCGAACAAAAUCCCAUUCAUGCUGGAACAUCAUGGCAUUCGACACACACAGAGCUGGAGUCACAUAUGCACAGUCACAGGUGGAAGGAAAGAAAGAAAACUCGCACAGGAUCAUAGCUGAGACACAUUUAUGACACAUU